GGCGUGACUUGAAAUAGCUCGGUUUAUUUACCCUCAUCAAUAGGUGUAAACACGCAUUUGACAAAUUUGUAAACUUGAUAAAAUAUAUUUGAUUUGAUCUGCGUUAUAUAUGCAAUAUUUAUGCUCUUGGCGAGCUACGCAAUAUUUUUUAUAGUGCACGGAUAUGAGUUACGAUUAAUGUUUAUGGAACAAAGAUGGUGACACCGCUUUUAUCGUACCCUGGUCAUCAGAUUGCUUAAAAGAAAACAGUUGAGGCAACCUUGCUAAGUAAAGAAAAUAGCCCUGUUAUUACAUACCAAAAAUCAGCAAUGCAAAGUCAAAGAAGAAAGGUGUUUACUUUGUACUGUAUCUGCGUAUUGGCAAUCAUGAUACUCGUUGUCCUGGAGACCGUUUGGAGAGAAUUUGGACACGUUGAGGAGAAAGAUUCUGAUAUUCAGUCGAUAAUAGGGGAAAGGUCUGAUUAUUUUGAGGCUAAUCAAUCCAGCAACGCGUUAUGGACUCCUAGUUCAAGCCUUAAAUAUAGAGCUCUAGUCUACACGGCAAACUCCACAUUUCUGUUACCAAAUCUUACAGUUUUGAACAACAGAAAUAAUAGCGAAAAGAAUAAACCGUUAUAUUUAAAGGAUAUAUUUCCUCACUUGAAAUAUCCGCCAUUUCAACCAGCCGCGGUUUCGGAUUUUCCAACGACGGUUGGACAACAGCCGAGAAUUCCGCAUGUAAUCCAUCAGACGUUUAGAUCGGAAAGUCUGCCACUUAAAUACGCCAGAUAUGCGAAGAUGAUGUAUGAGAUGAAUCCAACAUGGACGUACUACUUUUGGACUGAUGAUUCAGCGCGCAAACUGAUUAAAGACAAGUACCCUGAGCUGCUAAAUGACUGGGACUCUUUUAACAAAAGUAUUAGCAAAGGUGAUUUCCUCCGCUAUGUUGUCUUAUAUGAAUUCGGAGGCGCCUACAUUGACUUAGAUGUGGAACCUUUAAGACCGUUAGACAACGUGACAAGGAAGUACGCAUGCGUCAUUCCGACCGAACCAUUUGAGCAUAACGUGCUUAUUUAUGACAAUCAAAUCUUCAUGAACAAUGCCAUAAUGUUUUGUAGACCGAAACAUCCGUUUUUUAAACAAAUGGUUUAUCAAAUUAAAGAUACACUUAAAUAUGAUGAUACGACCGACGGAACUGGUCCGGGCUUUGUUACAAGGAAUUUUAUUAGGUAUAACAACAUUGAGGAAAAUGACGAAAAUAGAACGAAAACUGAAUUCACGAGUAAUUCGCCAUAUUUCUAUAGGGGUGUACUACCGGAGAUCCAUGACGAUGCUAUUUAUGUGCCUAAUACUCAUUAUUUCACAGAUCAGAUAGAUGUACGUAACCGUAAAAGGUCAUUCAAAAGAACUUGCAGUAAUUUUGCGGAACAGCCAUUUAUAACCAAAAGAGUUUGCAUAGAAAUGAGAAGGAGGGGUAUGGUUAGGAAGGAUAAACGGUUUUCAUUUUUACGACAUCGAUGGCACCAUUUCUGGAUGAACUCGGAUAAUUAUAAAAAGCAGUUUCAUAUAAAUAUAAAGCAGAUUGCCCCGAAACGUAUUAUAUAUGGUGAAACUGACAGCAUUCUAAAAAGAAUUGACAUUAAAGACACUCCAAUGGACAAACCUAAAGUACUUGUAAGUGACUCGUAUAAAAAUGUACCGCUUUAUUAUUCCGAUACGAAUGCGAGACCAUACCGUGUUUCAAAUCCUAGAUCUACUUUGUUGAAGAAAUGAAAUGAAAAAAAAAUGUUUUGAAACACAUGUAACAUAUU